GAGAGGAGGGGAGAGGAGGGGUUACAAACCCAGUCCCGCGGAACAUCCUGCGAACACAUCUGAGACUCGGAACAAAACUCUGGACAGUUUCCCCUCACACUCCACGAGCUCCGUGUUCCCGCCGGGAUGGCUGGUUGUUCGACCCCCGGAGAAGUCCCGACACUUUAGAUAAAGUCGUGCAGUUGUUGUCGUGUAGUUGACUCUGCAGGUCGAUGUUGGACUUCUGUGUUCAUGUUCGGGCGCGCGGCGUUGGGACAUCCGGAAUGGGGGAUCCAUAGGAGGAGACGACGCUCGCGGCUGUGCUGUUGGUAAAUAGAGCGCACCAACGCGCUCGCGCACACAGCCUACACACGAGAUGGACUUUAAGAGGACAAAAUUGGGAAGGUUCAUGAACAGCAGGGUCCCAGCCAGUAAGAGAUACCAGCCCACUGAAUAUGAACAUGCUGCAAACUGUGCCACACAUGGGUUAUGGAUCCUCCCCAGUCUGGUGGGCGGGUCUGUGCUCUACUUCCUGUCUUUGGACCAAUGGCAUCGUCUGGCUGCCUGGCUCUAUGGCAGCGGUCUCACUGGCCUGUUUGUCACCUCAACACUCUUCCACACCGCUGCCUGGAAAAUCAGCCACCUCCGGAAGGUGGAGCAGCAUUUCCACAUGUGUGACAGAAUGGCCAUCUACUUCUUCAUCGCUGCCUCCUACUCUCCCUGGUUGAUGCUGAGGGAGCUGGGCCCCUUCUCGUGCCACAUGCGCUGGCUGAUAUGGGUCAUGGCUUGUGUAGGAUCCAUGUAUGUCUUCUUUUUCCACGAGAGAUACAAGCUGGUGGAGUUGUUUGGAUAUGUGGCCAUGGGGGUUGUUCCUGCGUUGGUCAUCCUGUCUAUGGUGGAGCGUGCCGGUGUGUGCGAGCUGGCAGUGGGAGGCGUCUUCUAUGUGGUGGGCGUAGUCUUCUUCAAGAGCGACGGCCUCGUCCCUUUCGCCCACGCCAUCUGGCAUCUUUUCGUCGCAGCAGGGGCGUGCAUUCAUUAUUACGCCAUCUGGAGGUACCUGUACUUACCCGGGCCACCGCUGCAGACGUCGAGGUGACUGGCCGCUCCCCCCUGAGAUCACAUGGUUCCACACCACGUGACGUGACUGGGGAAAGUACAUUUUAGCCAUGAGACCACUGAGUGUUGACUUCAACUAACCUGCCUCCUGAGGCUACAGCUGGAGAGAUGGUGCUGAGGGGAUCUGACCGUCAGCACUGACUGCGUUGGGGCCAAACACUAAAAGUCAACAUGCUAAUUGUUACAGUCUUUAGACAGCGGACAUUCAGCCUGACUGGACCAAAAAUAAGAUUCUUAUUAUGCUGUACGCUGCUGCUGGGUAUGAAUCGUCAUUUGUGUUCAUCACCUCAUGGGAUAUGUUUGCACAAAUUUGGCAACAUAUAAUGUGCCAGAAAGUUUAGAUGACCAAUGUUCAGUUAAAGGAAUUGUUUGACAAUUAACAAAUGUGAUUAUUCACUUUCUUGCAGAGAAAGUCGACAAAAACUGCCAACCAGCACUAAAGCUCACUAAUUAUAACCUUUUGUCUCCUUUGAACAACGGCGUCUUAGGACCACUGUAGGUAACAUAUAAUAACAAAUGAGAUCCAGAGGAGGGACGUAAUAUUAUGAGAAAAAAACACAAAUUUCCAAGAUUAAAGUUGUAGAUUUACGAGAUAGAAUUACAAAUUAAAUUUGAAAAAAGUCAUACAUUUGUGACAUAAUUCAUAUUUACCGUAUAGAUAUGAGGAGUAUCAACUUUUCCAUCUAUUUCUCAAUUAUCGCAAAAAAUGCAAAUAAGCGCAUAAAAUGUUGAACUACUCCUUUAAUCACUCGUCCUUAUAGCAGAACUGACGACAUACAGUCUGUGACACCUGCCCAGCUAUGCUAGUAAACUCCACUCUUUCCAUAUUCCAACAAUAAGUGAUGUGCCAACAUGUACCACAGAGGCAUUCCUUUAUAUUGGUGCCAACCUAACUUUAUUUUUGUUUUGUCCAUUUUGCACAGCGUCAAAAUUCGAAAUAUAGAGUUGGCACUACAAUAAACACACGUUGGAUUCAUUCAUUGACUGCAUUUAGCAAUCUGCAGACAGACUGAAUGUCAUCAUGUAUCAGCUGUGCCACACUGACAUGACUGUUGACCCUUUAAUUCCAGAUAAAGGUCGACUGUUGAGGAUGACGGCUUCAGUAGAACUGACCCGAAUGAUUCUGUGGUGAUUUACAUUAAUCUUAAAUCUGCCUCAAAAUCAUAAUCUACAGCUAAUCUAACACUAACCGUAUUCUGGGUCAAAUGUUAAAUUCACAAAGAAUGUCGAGGCUGUUUGAUUAUCUAGAGGACGAUGAUUGCCAUUUGUUUUGUUUAAGCGAUGCACUCUUAUCCUCGAGCACUUUUCCAUCAGCGACAGCGUUUAUAGAAGUAGAACUUCCUAAAAUCCUCAGAAUUAACACACGGGCAUGUUAUAUUCCAUUUGAACUCUUACAGUUUCUAUGUUUUAUACUGCUUCAAGCACUGUAUACAUCACACUUGCAGGUUUCCCCUAACGUCUGGUAGUUAAACUGUUCCUGUUAUUACAGAAGAACAGAACACUUACUCAGGAAAUGAGUUCUUUUUUCAAUCAGAUGAUCUAUUUUGUAAAAAAAUUAUUUUUCAGUGUAUUAAAGAAGAGACUCUAUAUUACA